ACCAAGGAUCGCAGGAGCGCCGUUGCGCUUUGUCCACUCUCGCAAAGAUGCUUUAAUGUGAUGCUUAGCACUCAAGAUGAAGGAACCUGUCCGGGGUCUGGCUGUGAUUCUUUCUUUGCUGUGCCAAGUGUGGACCUGGGACUCAGUGGUGGACUUAUCUUUCAAUGUGGGUAGCGAAGUGGAGCUCAACUGCAAUCACACCGAAGAUUUAGUCUACGUCAUCUGGAAAAUUAAGCUAGAAGGAGGCAAACAGUGUCAGGUGGGCAUCAACUUAAGCAAUGGCAAGAAGGACGACACAUGCGGCGACAGUACAUCCCUGGAAAAGGCCUCGGAGGCUCACUACUACCUGCGAAUCCCUGAAUUCACUGAGCGUGACGUGGGCCUGUACAAGUCCGAAAUGGUUUUCAAUGGAGGAAUGCACACUUGUAGCAUCACCUUGUCCAUCACAGUUCCUCCUCGUAUCUCGUCCUGGCUGGAGUGGAGCGACGACGGCACUUUAGCCAUUUGCAAAGCCGAGGGAGGAAAGCCGGCCGCCAACAUCACGUGGCGCCAUGUCGGCAACUCGUCGUCCGCUGAAACCAGGCGUGCUUCCGGUUACGUGGAAAGUCGCCAAAAACUCCACGAGAACAAUGGCGACGUCAUGUGCGUUGUCAAGCAUCCUUUCUGGUCAGAAGAGAAGAUCUUGAUACCCGUACAUAAAAAAGGUCUUUCUUCCAGCGUUGUGUGGAUACUUCUAGUCAUCUCUGUUUUAGUUAUGCUUGCUGCAUUCCUAUUGGUCAUAUAUAAGAAGCAAACAAUCCUCAGACGCUGUCUACUGUCUAACCGCUCGCCAUCCAAAUCUGAGCAAUUUCAGACGGAGGCUGUAGAGGAAGUGGAGCCUUAUGAAUGCUACGUUCAACGUGUCAACUCCAUCUAUAACUUAUGACGUGUACAGUAAAAAGCCGCACUUGUGUACGAAGUUCUGCUGGUGUUAUGAAUGUAUUUUUACGUCUACUUCAGGUUGGUUGAGAACACUAAGACAUUGGAAGUAGAAGGCAUAUAUAUAGUACUUAAUUGUACAUGUAUAGAAUUUAUGCAGCAUACACUGCUGGCCAAAAUUAUUGGCACCCCUGCAAUUCUGUCAGUAAAUGCUC